AUGUGUCGCUGCACUUCUGUGCUAUCUCAAAGUGUCAUUGAUAAGGUCAGCUUGUUCAGUCAGGUCCCCUCCACUCAUGUAAUUCAAGUGGUCGACUGCGACGACUUGUAUGAGGUUCCCAUCCUAUUAGACAAGCAAGGUAUUUGCGAUCUCCUCCUCAAGCACUUUUGUCUGACCCCGAAGCCUGUGAUUGAGGUGCCUGUGUUGGCAAAGUGGAAGGCAUUGACUCGACGCCUCAAACAAGCCAGCCAGAACAUAAGCGUGGCGAUAGUCGGAAAAUACACCAAGCUAGAUGACGCUUACUUAUCACUAAUCAAGGCUUUGCGCCACGCGGCCAUCUACGCAGAUUGUCGUGUGAACAUCCGGUUGGUGUGUUGCGAGAACCUCGAAAAUCAGGUUCGUUUAUUAAGUCCAGACCAGUACCAUCAAGCCUGGCUCACUGUGAGCAGUUGCGAUGCUGUUGUGGUAGCUGGCGGUUUUGGACCUCGGGGCCUUGAAGGGAAGUUGGAGGCAAUCCGUUUCUGUCGCGAGCGUGGUGUUCCCUUUCUCGGUCUUUGUCUUGGCCUGCAGUGCGCAGUGAUAGAGUUUUCCCGAAACGUCCUUGGGUUGACAGAUGCCAAUUCCACCGAAUUUGAUGCUCACUGCAAGUUUCCCGUUGUAAUCGAAAUGCCUGAAUUUAAUCCAGGACAUAUGGGUGGCACAAUGCGGCUUGGGCGCCGUCGAACCUCGUUUUACUUGACGGAUACCGCGGUCGACUACUUGAAUAGGAAUUAUAGUUGUGCAGACAUUCCAGUCUCCGGAUGUGGUGACGGACCAGGACCGCUUCGUACUGACAGCGUCGUACACCGUUUGAUCAACGCACCGUUUUUUGAUGCACGGCAUCGACAUCGGUAUGAAGUGAAUCCGGAGUUUGUCAACACACUGGAAACCGCCGGAUUGGCGGUUGUGGGACGUGACUCUGAUGUGGGCAAUCGGAUGGAGGUCAUCGAACUCUUUCGCCCAUUGCCUCACGGAACUACCGUUAGUCAGUUGGAAAAUUGUUUCCCACCGCCUGCAAAAUUGGACAUUCAAAUGCCAAAGCAGAGUCCCGUUCGACAUCCCUUUUUCGUCGCAACUCAAUUUCAUCCGGAAUACACGAGUCGACCGGCUCAUCCUUCCCCCUUCUUUGUUGGCCUUGUCCUUGCGGCUUGUGGUAAACUCGAGCAGCACUUGCAACGACCGUUCCGCUUGAGCCCCACUAUGCUGCUGGGUGAACUGAGCACAUACUCUUCUUCCUCUCAAUUACAGGAAGGUGGGACAGCGAAUAGUCCAAACACAGAAAAACGUCCCAGCGCAGACCAGUUAGUGGAUGAAGUUAACGCCAAACUGAAUUUGUCGACUAGGAAUUUGGCCCACAGUGAAUUUUCAUCUCGACGUCAACGAAUAAGUGAACUACUCAUGCAACGUGUCUUUCGCAUUUUAUGGAGAGCAACCGGUCGCAUUUCGUCAACGCAGUCUUAUCGUGACGUUUGUUUCCACAUGUAUUUUUGUCAGAUUUGUACCCAAUCAAAUACAUUUUUACCAUCCAUACAGACUUAUUGA